GAACAAGUUGUGUAUAUAGAGAACAUGUAGUUCACGUUUCAAAUGGAAUUGAUUACUUUCAGUUUCUGUAGAGUUAUCAAUGGUUUUUAAAUAUACAGCAUAUUAAAAUAAAAAAGAUAUUUUUUUUGUACAUACGACAAAAGUUUAUUUAUUUUUUAUGAUGGACUUAGAAAAUUUGUGUCAAGCUCUUCCAAAAUUGGAACUUCACGCUCAUUUAAAUGGAUCCCUAAGCAUGGAUACUUUGAAGAAAUUAUAUAAAAUGCAAAAUCCCAAUUCAAAAAGCUCUGAAGAUACACUCAUGAGUAUAAAAAAUUUCUCAUCAUUAGGCGAAUGUUUCAAAGUAUUUAAUAUAGCACAUUCAUUAACAACAACACCAGAAGCAGUUUUUCAUUCUACGUAUGAUACAGUUAAAGAAUUUAAAGAGGAUAAUGUGAUAUAUUUGGAGCUUAGAAGUACACCACGUGCUAUUGAAGGAAAAAUGACAAAACAAGAAUAUGUAGAAGCGAUUAUAAAAGCAUUUGAGAUUUGUAAGACUGAUUUUCCAAGUAUAUUGUUGAAAUUAUUAAUAUCUAUCAAUCGUAAACAAGGAUAUAAAGCAGCUCAAGAUAAUAUAGAAUUAGCAAUAAAUUUUUUUAAAAAAUAUCCGCAAUAUAUUGUUGGACUUGAUCUGAGUGGAGAUCCAAUGACAGGAAGCACAUUUUUAGAAUUAUUAAGAAAAGCUAGACUGGCGGGACUUAAAAUUGCAGCUCAUUGUGCAGAGGUUCCAAAUGAAACAGAAACAAUAGAUAUCCUCAAAUUUAAACCAGAUAGAUUAGGACAUUGUACCUGCAUUCAUCCUACAUUGCAAGGAUCAAGCAAAUUAUUUAAUUUGCUUCUUGAUUCCAAGAUUCCUGUAGAAUUGUGUUUAACUUCGAAUAUUCAAUGUAAAACAGUAUCUACUUACGAAUCUCAUCAAUUUAAAUAUUUAUUUGAAGCUGGACAUCCUAUUUGUCUUGGUACUGAUGACAAAGGUGUCUUUCAUACAUCUUUGUCUCAUGAAUAUAAAAUAGCUAGUUCAACAUUUGGUUUGAAACAAGAACAACUUCUAAAACUUUGCCUGUCAUCUGUAGAAUAUACCUUUGCAACAUUAGAAGAAAAACAAGCAUUAUUGUACGAGAUAGAAAAAUUUUCUAAAGAAUGUAAUAUUACAUAUUGAAGUUGUAACAAAUUAUAGCUAAUGACAUUAAAAAUUGUUGCCAUUAUAAAAGAGUUUAAAAAAGGUCAGAAACUAAAAAUACGAUUGUACAGUUAUAUUUUCUUUUAAAUUUUAUAGAUGCAACGAGGUUAUUGUACUAUUGAUAUAAAAGUAUUAUCGUUUUUAUUUGUUAUUUCGUUUACAUGAUUUAUACAUAAUUAACGAUAAGUUGCUACUUACGAAGACUAAGAUAGUUUACUAAGAUACAGUUUUCUAUACCUUUUUUCAAAAUUGAUAUAUAUAUAUACAACAUUCAUGAUAAUUAUUACAAUAUACGCCUGUAAACAUGUCGUAUCUUUAGUUUUACGAGAAGAAAUAAUUAGUAAUACUCGUAAACUAGCAACAAACAGUCGAUUUGAUAAAUCCUCGUUUCGUAAGCUGUUAAAAUCACAAUCGUGUAUUUUUCUGUUGCUCAUUUUUUAAUUUAAUUUGUUUACCAAUUUCAUAUUUGGUGUAAUCAAUUAAAAAAUAAAAAUGCUACAUAAAAUAUAAAAUAAUUUAGCAAACAGUUGAAAAGCUGAAUAUUAUUGUUAAUUUCAACAUCUCUACAGGAGUAUUUCCCUUUUUAUCCGAGAUCAAAUUUAUCUCAAAUAAAAAUGAAAGAAGACAGGAACAGCUUUCUUAUAUUUACGUAGAGCAACAAAAAUUUGUCUUUUU